GACUUUAUCAGUCCAAGGACAUCAUUCGCCUGGAAAGGGGGGGAAGUUUGAUCCUCUUUCUCACGGAUCGCAGUCAACGGGAGUUUUUUUCUCCCAACUCUUUACGCAUAGGAUUUUUCCCUGUUUGGCUUGGUUUGUUUUUUAUUUUAGGGUUUUUCGCUAAACGUGGUAAAUCUCGGCGCGGUGUCUGCAGCUUGCGCGCUCCGCUAAACUGGAUUUUAAUUUUCUUUUCUGUUUUCUUCCCGUCUCCUAAGUUUGCUUUAAGCUCAUGACUAUGCUUCUUGAUAGCGGUCCGCAGUUUGCAUCGUUAGGAGUGGGGGGUUUCGGGACACCACGGCACCACGAAAUCGGGAACAGAGACCCGAGCCUGGGACUGAAUCCCUUCACCGAUUCCUCCCACUCCGCAGCUUUCAAAAUCAGCCCCGUGGCUCACGAUAUCGCCUCCAGCCAGACAUCAGCUUUCACCCCGCAAGCCACUGGAUAUGCAGCUGCCCUGGGACACUCUCACGGCGGGCAGGUGGGCUCGUACGGUGGGGGAGCGUUCAAUUCAACACGGGACUUUCUCUUCCGGAACCGGAGCGUUGGAGAGUCCACAGCGCCGAGCGCCCAGCAUGGGAUCUUUGCGGCUUCAGCGGGGAGCCUCCACGGACCGCCCGGGAUCAGCGAUAACCCCGGACAUCUGUUGUUUCCAGGACUUCACGACCAGGCGGUGAGCCACACUUCACCGAGUGGACAUGUCGUUAACAGCCAAAUGCAUCUUGGCUUACGCGGGGACAUUUUUGGAAGACCUGAUCCUUAUCGUCCAGUCGCAAGCCCUCGGACGGACCCCUACGGGGCUCAGCUCCACAACUACAACCAUCCUAUCAAUAUGAACAUGGGGAUGAAUGUGCCGACACACCACGGUCCAGGGGCCUUCUUUAGAUACAUGAGACAACCAAUCAAACAAGAAUUAUCCUGCAAAUGGAUAGACGAGAACCAGAUGAACAGACCCAAAAAGACUUGCGACAGGACUUUCAGCACCAUGCACGAGAUGGUCACUCAUGUGUCCAUGGAGCAUGUCGGCGGCCCCGAGCAGAGCAACCACGUCUGCUUCUGGGAGGACUGCCCGAGAGAAGGGAAAUCUUUUAAGGCCAAGUACAAACUCGUCAACCACAUCCGUGUGCAUACGGGCGAGAAACCGUUCCCAUGCCCGUUCCCCGGAUGUGGGAAAAUAUUCGCCAGAUCGGAAAAUUUGAAAAUCCACAAAAGAACACAUACAGGUGAGAAGCCGUUUAAGUGUGAAUUUGAUGGCUGUGACAGACGCUUCGCCAACAGCAGCGACAGGAAAAAGCACAUGCAUGUGCACACAUCAGACAAGCCAUACAUCUGCAAAGUGUGCGACAAGUCAUACACACACCCCAGCUCUCUCAGGAAACACAUGAAGGUACAUGAGUCUCAAGGAUCUGAAUCGUCUCCAGCAGCAAGCUCUGGAUACGAGUCGUCCACACCGCCAGUACUGGUCUCAGCCAGCACCGAAGACCCGACAAAAACACCGCCGUCAGCCGUACAAAACACGUCUGGCCACAGCGAAGGACUGGCACCCAACUUUAAUGAAUGGUACGUUUGAAGUCAGAGGAACAAACUCUCCCUCAAUGUGGACCACGGGGUUGAGGAUAAAUGAGGAUAAAAACCUUAAAAACUAUUCCUGUUCACUUCACACACACAGAGCACACACCGACAGUGACAUACACACAUAAACAUACAGACACACACACACACACACACUCUGUCAGACACACACAAGUGGGAUUGGGACAACAACAACAGCAACAGCAACAACAACAACAACAACAACAGGAGAUGAGAGCAAAAGCCAGCACCAAGCAGGCCACGUCCGUUCUCAGGAUCACGAAAUUUGACUUUUAUUCCGCAGUUUUGAGGAAAUCAAAUAAAUCACAAAUAAAUAAACGUAAUACUUUCUCAGUAUAAAUAAAUGUUUUUUUAUCUUUUAGUUUACAGAUUUCAGAAAAAAAUGUUUUAUUUUUCAUUUUAUGUAUUUUCUCAAAUUUUUAUUUAAAAAAAAAGAAUAAAAAAGGAAGAUUAUUUCAUGCUGUUUUAUAUGAGGGUGACACGCUACUGUCGCCUCUUCAAUUGAUUGUUGGAACUUCAAACAGUCUUAAGAAACGUGCCAAAGUCUUUGUCAUGAACUUGAACACAGAAAAAAAAAAUCAUAAAUAAAUAUUAUACUCGUGAAUGUAUUUCCUUGUUUGAUGGGGUCGAAUCUGUUGUCAACGUCCGUUUUCAGGUGGAGAAAUGUGGUAUUAGGUUACGAUUGUUACCGUUGAAUAUAACGUUGCCUUUUGUUAAUACCGUUGUAAAUACAUAUCCAUGAUGCCAUAUUUAUCAAUUUGUAAUUUAAUUAUGGGUAUAAGUUCUGAAACUUAAAUGAUAUUUAUGGAAAUGUUUUCUAACAAGAACUGUACAGUUUUGGUCAUAACCAGCUUAACAUUGAACAAAUGAUAAACUCUAAAGCGCCAACAUCGCGAUUGUAUCCUUCUGUUUUUUCUUUUUAACCAAUAGGCCUACAUGUGUCUUAUUUGGAUCGAAGAAAUCAUCUAUAUGAAUAUUAUGGAUUUGUCUAUAUAUAAUGCAGAUAUUUCCGUCACUUUUAUUUUCUUUAUGAGACCAUUGACAUGUAAAUCAUUGACUUUGUAGAACUGAGUUCAGUUGAGCUGAGAAGCUAUAAAACGGUUCUGUUGAUAUCUUUAUUUUUGGUUAAAUUUAAACUUUUUGUGUAUUUUACUUUUAUAGAAUCAGAAAUAGAUGUCAAUUCGUAGCAUAAACUCAGUAUUGGAAAGAAAAAAAAAAGAAUAAACCCAUCAGCCUAUUGCACUCCUAUACAGGUCUUAGACGAGUGUGCGAAGUUCAUGAUUUCCAAAUCAAGGUGACAGUAUUUUGAGUAUUUCAAAUUCGGGUCAAGCACCCAGAUAUAUGCGCCAGUAUGGCAAUCUUUAUAGUUCCAGCAAUGUCUUUGUGCAAGUAUGUUUAAAUGUGUGCAUCGGCAACAAUGGAACUGUCACAACACAGUAUCUUCAAAAAUAAAAAAAGUUUUUUGUCUGUCAGCUUGCAUUGUUUUAAAUGUAAUUCUUCUGUGAAACUAAGCGUGUUAUUUGUUGUGGUGUUGCAUAUAGAGCAGUUUGAUUACACAUUUGCUUGUUUUGUGUGAAUAACUUGUCAAGAUGACAUUUUUUGUGUUUAACAAAAUUUAGUGGAGGGGAUUCUAGAUCUUAUGUGGGUUGGGGGAGAAUACGUUCAGUGGUUAAAAAAAAAAAGAAAAAAAAGGAGUUACAGCAUUGCAUUGUAACCUAUUCUCAAGAAUUAAAUAUUAUGCAUAAACAAAGUAUAUUGUACUCAUAUGAGAACAAUUUCAGACCACCAGCACUACUUUUAAAAUAAAAUGUAAAAAACGGUACCUCGUGACAGUGAUAUAUGAAAUAAGUUUAUUUAAAUAAUUUAAGGAAUAUAUGUUUUAUAUGCUAUUUUCUAUACCUUAAUUUAAAAAAAAGUACUUUUUCUUAUUCCCACCACCUUUCUGCCCCAUGUCCAGAGGUCAGAGAAAAAUAUCUGAUGUAUAAACACAGCUAGAAUGUGAUGUUGUAACACUUUCUGGGAGAAAUGGGUCACACUCCAAGUUAUUCCUGAAGAGCAAAAAUGUUUUACUGAUGAACUGUGUCACUGUGCCACAUUGAGGCAAACCAUGUUACAACAAGCAGGCCUAUGCGUUAGCCUAUUUAGCUGCCAGAGGCAAAGGUUCCUUGUACUUUUUAGGCUACUGUAUGUUGGUUGAUUUGUUUUACCAACUAUUUAUGAAGAAAUGUGAACGGAAAACUUUGACUGAAAUUAAAAAAAACAUGAUGAAAAGCGA